CUCUGUGCCCGCCAAGGUUGACGUCGUCGUCUCUCUCUUGGCGGCCCGCCCGUCCGUCCCCAUCCCGUCCCUUGCGUACCCCGCCACCAACCGCUUUUUGCUUGUUGCUACCCGCCGCCAGCCAAAAGCCGCCCGUCCCCCCAGCUCGCCCGCCCGAAGCGACGCCUCACCCGCAUCCCGCUCCCCCGCGAGAAGCUUCUAGAAGGGGGGAGACCCCGGCGGAGCCAUGGCGGAGGAGAAGGAGUCGACGUCGAUCCCGCUCAGCCAGGCGGCGGAGGCCGUCGACCCCGAGGACCCGGCCAAGUCGCCGCCGCGACCCAGCUCGCCCACCACCUCCACACGCAAGGCAUGCUGUGCUGUUCUUCAAAGUUGGGUCUCAAGAAAAUUUAUGACUGGAUGCGUAGUCCUUUUCCCUGUUGCAGUCACAUUCUUCAUCACAUGGUGGUUUAUUCAAUUUGUUGAUGGUUUUUUCAGUCCCUUAUAUGCAAAAUUUGGAGUCGACAUAUUUGGUCUUGGUUUUUUGACUUCUCUGGUAUUCAUAUUUCUGGUUGGACUAUUUGUUUCUUCAUGGGUUGGUUCAACCAUCUUCUGGGUAGGAGAGUGGUUUAUAAAGAAAAUGCCAUUUGUAAGGCAUCUAUAUUCAGCGUCAAAGCAAGUCAGCACUGCAAUUUCACCAGAUCAAAAUACAACAGCUUUCAAAGAAGUUGCAAUAAUUCGUCAUCCACGAAUUGGUGAAUAUGCAUUUGGAUUCAUAACAUCAACGGUGGUCCUUCAGACUGACAAAGGCGAUGAAGAACUGUGUAGUGUGUAUGUGCCAACAAAUCAUCUAUACAUCGGUGACAUAUUUCUGGUGAACUCUGAGGAGAUUAUAAGACCUAAUUUAUCCAUUCGGGAAGGAAUUGAAAUAAUUGUUUCAGGAGGAAUGACCAUGCCUCAGGUGAUUGCAUCACUGGAGCCUAUGCCGCGGAAAAGCCAGAGCAUUCGUCUAAAUAGAAUGACGUGAUGUAACACAAAGUCACAUGCAACAAGAUAGCAUGACCUGUGGGGCACGAUUCAGGUGCCUUGGCUGUAUGCUUACCAUGUGAUUUGGAUAGAGGAGCAACUCUGUGCCGAGCCAUCGUGGCAUUCCAAGUGCAGGGGAAGCAUCGUGUUGAUGCUCUGGGAUACUAUUGUCUCACUCUUGUUGCGCUACUCUUUGUGCACUGACUAGUGCUUGUCCAAAAUGUUAACGUCAACGCGUGAGGUGUGUGAGUGAUUAAAUUCGUUUACAACUGUGCGCUGUAUAACAUCUUACGUUAUAAAGGGAGCACACAACUUUGACCAGAUUUCUUCUUUCAGAUUAACAUUCCUGUUUGUUGAUUUUUUUU